GCACUUUCUCAAUUCAGCACGACGGAUCACAUUCAUCGUCUUCUUUAUUUUUAUGCUUUCGGCCCUCCGUUGCUUUUCAGCGCUCCUCUCGUUUUUCUCGCGCUGCAGCGCUUUCCUUCGUGCAUUCGAGAACAAAGCAGCAGAUUCUCUCUCGGCGAUCGAUUCCUCGACUCAAAGAGAAAUCCUCUGAUGUAGGGUUUUGAGGCCGUCUACUCCGUGUCCGAUUCGUCUUUUAUCCCAAAUGCAUGCAAAAUAAACCCUUGCUUGAAUUAGAGUUAGGGUUUUGCAGAUCGAGGAUUCGUCCUUCCUCCGACGGAAUGUGUAGAGAUCUUUCUUCACUCUUGUGAUAACAAAGGUAGGGUUCCAAAAUCUCCUCCCAUUGACGCAUGUGAAAUAGAGGCUAGGUUUUUCUUGAAUUACACCACCUUUCUUCACGGAAUUUACGAUUUCAGACCGGUUUUCGAGAUUUGAUAUAGGCCUGACUCAAAAAAUUAGUUUCUUUUUAAUCAAUCUGAUUUUUAUAAGAUCGAUUUUGUUGGAGAGAUAUCUAGCAGUUUGUCCACAUCGAAAAUUCUUUAUUUUAGGGAAUUGAUAUUUACACCCACCAUUUUUGGCGCAAAUGCCUCUCUUUUCCACUUCUGGUGAAUGGUGAUACAUGAGGAUGGUUUUGUACAUAUGUAUUACCAGAAAGUAGAAAGAAAGGAUAUACCUAUCAAGACGGCUGGAAUAAACUGGAUUUAUUUUCAAGAUGUUCGUGUUGAACCGCUGCAAUGGCAUUGGUUUCAUCAGCUGCUUCAUUCCGCUGUGUGAAUGGCAUCCCUUAGAUUAGCGAAGGUGAUCGGGGCUUGAUGCCCUCGUGUCUUCUACCUCGUUAUUUGUAUGUUUACCAGUUGAUCUUCGACAGCGUCAAAGUUCUUAUGGUUUGGAAGAAUUUUUCUAUCUCAAUCUUGGCAGAAAUGGGCUGCUGUAGUUGCUUUGGAUUCUUGGGCAAGCCCCAGAGAUCGGUGAGGUCCAUUCAUGGUUCCCAUGGCCGGUUUUCCCGAGAAUUCUUGCUACUCGACAAUGCAGAAGAUGCGGAUGGUGUUCUAUAUAAUGGCGAAGCAGCCAGUAUGCUUCAUGGAAGUGAUGAGGAGUUGCAACAAAGCCAUAAAAGUUCUGAAGAGAUUCUCUUUCUUAGAGCUCAAAGUGGAAUGAUUUGCAGGGAAGUUCCUGUCAAGGAAACGCGUCAUGUUAUUCGCACAGAGGAUGAAAAUGGAAAUAAAAUGGUCAAUGAAUAUGUUCGUGAGUGCAAGAUCGGUGCUGGCAGCUAUGGAAAAGUGGUUUUAUAUAGAAGCACUAUAGACGGGAAGCAGUAUGCAAUUAAGGCUUUCCACAAGUCUCAUUUAUUAAAGUUGCGAGUGGCACCUUCUGAAACAGCCAUGACAGAUGUGCUUAGGGAGGUUUCAAUCAUGAAAAUGUUGGACCAUCCCAAUAUAGUUAAUCUAAUUGAGGUGAUUGAUGACCCAAACACAGAUAACUUCUACAUGGUUCUGGAGUAUGUAGAGGGAAAAUGGGUAUGUGAGGGUUCUGGUCCACCAGGUGGCAUGGGGGAAAGUACUGCAAGAAGAUACUUGCGUGACAUUGUUGCUGGGCUUAUAUAUCUCCAUACUCAUAAUAUUGUGCAUGGGGACAUUAAACCUGAUAACCUUCUGGUCACGAGCAGUGGGACAGUGAAGAUAGGAGACUUUAGUGUCAGCCAGGUCUUUGAGGACAAUAACGACGUUCUUCGGAGAUCUCCGGGAACUCCCGUCUUCACUGCACCAGAAUGCUGUUUAGGGCUAACCUACCAUGGUAAAGCUGCGGAUACAUGGGCCUUGGGAGUAACCUUGUACUGUAUGUUGCUGGGUCAGUACCCAUUUCUUGGGGACACGUUGCAAGAUACUUACGACAAGAUUGUUAAGAACCCAUUAUCUCUUCCGGAUGGCAUCAAUCUGCAGCUGAAGAACUUACUGGAAGCGCUUCUCUGCAAAGAUCCAAAACAGCGGAUUGUCUUGGAAGCUGUAAGAGUGCAUCCAUGGGUCGUUGGAGAGGAAGGGCCGAUCCCUGAGUAUUUGUGUCGGUGCAAGCGCAAGAGCUUCCAAGGUGUAGCCUCCGUCUAAGGUGCCAAUGUGCAAACAUAGGUGGUGUUGACUAAACUGGGAUCUAUCGUUCAAACUUGUAAGAAGUAUUUUGUACAGUGCCAAAAAAAAAAAAAGAAGAGGAGAGAGAGAGAGAGAGAGAGAGAGAGAUUUGGCAGUUGGAUCUCAACCCUUAAGUGUGAAACAUACAUGUGAGAUUCUUGAGAGGUGGGUGGCGAGAUCCCCUUUGGAUUGCUCUGGUUAGAGGCACGUCAAAAAUAUCCAUGAAUUGAAGCAAAGGGUAUCAUCGUAAUUAGGAACUUGUUGGUUUUGCCUUUUCUUUUGUUCAAAUACCAUAUCAGGUCAGGCAGAGGGAGUGCCAACAGUGCCUGCAGCAUCAAAUCAUAACAUCAUGGCUGGCACAGAAAAUCUAUUAGCAGAGGGUCUCUCUGUCUCAUUUUUCUCACUCACUUGAAACCGUGUGCAUAGUCAGACUCUUAACUCUGUAAUACAGGUUCACUGUUGCUUAAAAUCUUCGGGCUACAAAAGUCAGUAGAGGUUGAGUUUUGUUUCUUUUGAUUUGUGCUUGGAACUAGGUUUGCUUCUUGAAGUUGGGAGAUAUGCUGGUACUCAGCUGUUUUAGUGCAUCAUGGCUACUGUCCUCGAUAAUGAAUUUUAUUUGUUCUCUUGAA